AUGGAUGAUCUCCGUGUAGUGACCUGUGGAUCCUGUAACUUUGUGGGAGAACCUUUUGAAUCGGAUGACUUCUUCUUUUGCAUUAGCUGCGGAGAACAAAAUCACGAUGCUUUUGACAAUGGUUACAAAGAGGAAGAAGCCAUUGGUGGUAUCUACCAGGCCAGUCACCAACGUCGGGCACCUGCUCGUUCCGAAGCAAUUGAUGUUCUACCAAUCUCACAUUAUGACCCAUUAUCCCAAUCCACCUUACUUUCCAGCCUUCGGUUAACUAAUCCCCCGGUUAAAGAGUUUAAGGUUACACCUUUGAUAUGUGGCUUGGUUGGACCUAUUUGGUUGAGAUUUAUCGCCAAGACUGGUGUUUUCGAUGAAGACUGGGCUAAUAAAGUACUUGAUGACUCUGAGACGGAGAAAGAAGUUUUUUUUAACGCACCUAGAAGAUGUCUAACUUAUUUUCAAGUGCAGAUUGUAAUUUGUAAAUUUCUCGCUUUCUUGUUCUCAGGAGAACCAGAAGAUUAUAACACACGUGGUAAAUACAGAUCAGAACCUCACAAUAUGUAUGGUCAGCGAGUUGUGCUUAUAUGGUUUAGGUCUUUAAAGAAUAGGAUUCCACUAGUUAGCACCAUUGUUGUUUCAUAUUUGGCAUGUCAUAUUGCCAGGGAAGCCAUCAUGCCAUCAGACAUAAUUAAGUGGGCACGUGAAGGGAGGCUUCCAUAUUUAUCUGCUUUUGUUGAAAUUGAAAAGCGUAUGAAACAUCCAUCAAUUGCAUGUCCUAUCAGUUCAAGUUAUAUGUUCAGGCCAAAGCGAGCUCUUUCUGUUUAUAAACUAGAGUCACAUGCCUCGUCAAUUGCCCAGUUUAUAGGCUUAGAGUUACCCCCUGUUAACUUUUAUGCAUUAGCUUAUCGUUAUCUUGAAAACUUAUCUCUUCCUGUUGAAAAGAUUCUUCCAUAUGCAUGUCGCAUUUAUGAAUGGUCGAUGCCUCCAGAUUUGUGGCUAUCGUUAUCCAAGGAUUAUUUUAGACUACCUACUCAUGUUUGUGUUGUCUCGGUUCUGGUAGUAGCAAUAAGGAUUUUGUAUAACAUUAAUGGUUAUGGAGACUGGGAGAAAAGUUUAUCUCAUAAUGGUAGUGCCAAAGAUUCAGCCAAAAAUCAAGCAGAACAUCGAAAACACGAUUUGGAUUAUGUAGGGCUUCUCCAACACCUUCACGCAACAUAUAAAGAGAUUGCGGACAGCAGUGGUAAAGUUUGUUUACUUGCAGUAUUAUCUUGUUGA